UAAAAUAAGAUUUUAACCCUAACCUCAACCACACUGAUAACCUUAUGCCUAACUUUAAAUUAAGACCAAAAAAAAUAUCAUUUUUGAUUUAAUGAAUUGUUACUUUAUAGACCAUUUUGACUUUGCGGCUCUGGUAACUAGUAAAACAAGAUGGCUGCGCUCUCGUCCUUGAUGUUCAAGUCCAGAGCAGGUCUUCUGCUCCCUUGCCAGUCCUCUCUCGCGGACUGGGUGCGGUUCGCCUCCAAGAAGGCAGGCGGUAGCAGCAAGAACGUCGGUGGAAAGAGCCCUGGUCGCAGAUAUGGCUUCAAGAAAACAGAUGGGAACUUUGUCCAUGCUGGCAACAUCCUAGCAACACAGAGGCUCAUGAGGUGGCAACCAGGAGCACAUGUGGGGAUUGGAACCAACAACACCCUGUAUGCCCUGGAGGACGGCAUUGUCAGGUUCACUAAGGAGGUGUAUGUUCCAGCCCCACGCAGCUCUGAGACCUUCAAGGUCAUCACCAAGCUGCCCACAGGAACUGUACUCUACAAGACCUUCAUCAACGUAGUGCCCAACAAACAGGAGGGCAAAUUCAAACUGGUUGGCAUGUUCUGAAGACUCAUUCCUAUUCCACUCUGUGUAGGUACAAACCCUACUCUUUCUAUGGACUGGGCAGUUUGGAUUUGAAAAGUUCUGUUCACCCGCAGACUCCUUUUGUUGUGAAUGUUGUGGAACUGAGCCAAAGCGUGAUGAGGAUUCUGGAUGUUCCAAGGGAAUUACUCAAAGCUUCCUGUGUUACCUGUGGUGACCGUUGUCAUUGAUCCUGCACUCUGGAAAUGUGACUGGUCGAAAGUUUAUUCAACAGGCACCUUUAUGACUUUUUGUGCUGUAAGAAGACAUACCAAUGUCAUUCCAUCCAAUAAAGUUUUAUAUAUAAUCAUGACAUCAGCAGUCUGUUGGAAUUUUAAGCUUAGUUAAGAGAACAAUUUCCUGUGUAUCCAAAGGUAUUUAAUUGUCGGGAAUAUUUUAGUAUCGUUUGGUGGGGGAAAAAAUCAAUAUCAAGUGUGAAUGUGGUCUAUAGUUCUUGAAGUAACCACAGGGUGUCUCAAGGCUCAAGUUUCCCCUCAGUUUUCUCCAUACAGACCACGGGAGGGCUAAUGUAAAAACGUGUUUGUUUUUUUAAAGAACCUGUGAAGCAGAUUGAAGUAAUAAAUCACACUUUUUAGCAGCA